GGCUCAGAGGAGCACCGUCCAAACCUUUAUUCCUGUGCAGAAAAUGGAGAAGGGCCUAUUGCUGGAGCACAUCUUACCCAACCUGAAGGUUCCUCAAAGCUAUGAAGUUCGCUUGACACCCAUUACCAGCUUUGGGGCUGGAGAUAUGGCUGCCCGCAUCAUCCGGUACAUGGAACCAAUCAACUACCCCAACCCAACAGAUAACACCUGCCGCUUUGAGGACGAGAAGAUAUGUGGCUUCAUGCAAGACAAGAUGGAUAAUUUUGACUGGACCCGCCAGAAUGCCCUGACCCAGAACCCCAAGCGAACUGUGAACACAGGCCCCCCCACAGAUAUCAGCGGUACGCCAGAGGGUUAUUAUAUGUUCAUCGAGGCAUCUCGGCCCCGGGUGACAGGAGACAAAGCCCGCCUGAUCAGCCCCCUUUACAACAUUACUGCGAAGUACUACUGUGUCUCCUUCUACUACCACAUGUAUGGGAAGCACAUUGGCUCCCUAAAUCUCCUGGUUCGCGUGCGGAACAAGAGGACCAUCGACACGCAGGUCUGGUCACUCAGUGGGAACAGGGGGAAUAUGUGGCAACAAGCACAUGUUCCCAUCAACCCUCCAGGGCCCUUCCAGAUCAUCUUUGAAGGUGUCCGUGGCACAAGCUAUGAGGGGGACAUUGCCAUCGAUGACGUCACUCUGAAAAAAGGGGACUGUCCGAGGAAGCCCUUUGGCCCCAAUAAGGCGGUUGCUCUUCCAGGAAGUGGAGUCCCAGUCCUGCACAGCCCUUGUCUUUGUGGCCCAUUGACUUUCUUCCUUUAUGUGCUGCUCAGAUGAUGGCAAGCAAGCGCUCCUGUCUUUGGACCAAGACAUUCCUGCUCCUUUCCUAUUCAGCCACCUCUGCUCCUCUUCCUCCCCUCCUCACUGGCACACCAAAGUGUCCAUAUGUUACCAAAGACGGAUAGGCAUGAUCAUGGAAAGGGAUCUGGUUCAGAGCUGGAGGACUCCUUGAGAAAGUAAUAAUGUCUAAAACAAAAUUAAAAAAUAAAGACGAAAACAAAAAAGCAUGUGUGUGUGAGAGAGACAGAAAGAAAGAGCAGAAGGAAGGAAGGAGACACACAGAAAAGAAGGAAUGAAAGACAAAA